GACAGAUUACUUCAACGGAGUUCGAGAGACAGAUCGAGAAAGAUUUCAAGGCGCUGUUCGAGGCGAAAUAUCGUGUGUGCAAUGGCAGCGAACGAAGUCUUGACGCUUAGUAGUUUGAUAAAAAAGGACUUAAACGAGGCUUACUUUCUUCCUGCCUGGCCGUCCACAUACUCAUCAAAAGACUACAGGUUCCUCAACGAUAAAAAAUAUCGAGUUUUCGACUACCCUCCGCCUUCGCAGACGUUUCUCGAGUAUCAGUUCCCGAUGAGAAAUCUCGCGACGGCUGGUAGUGAGGUCCCGAUACUCAUGGACAGGCAGCCAGACAAAAACCUCACCGCGCACUGGAAAAAAUGGCUGCCCGCGUUUGCGCCGGCGACGAUCAAGACUAUUGAAGAGGGGUUAAGCGAUAAUGUCCCUGUUGUCACUACCGGAGCGAUGCAGGGCAUGUCUGAAAACAAACACUCUGUCAAUCCUGACACGCAUUACAGACUACAACUGAAAAGCACGAUUCCUGAAAUUAACGUGUGCUCCCCGCCGAGGAUCAACGUCUCUAGUCUGUCUUUUCCGUGCUUGAUGAAGAUUGACCAGUCUUGGUCUGGCCGUGGUACACAAAUCGCUAACGACCUCGAGCAUCUCCAAGCCAUACUCUCUGAAGUCAUCGACAAAGCCGAGUGGAAAGAGGGGUUCGUUCUACAAGAAUGCCUGAGCGCAAUCGUGGACGUGCCCAGCUACCAGUUCUAUGUAUCUAAGAGCGGAGAAGUGACAUGGGUCGGAACAACAGUCGGAGGGUUCACCGGGUUCCAAUGGUCUUCUGCUAUCGUCGAAUGGGAGGACCAGGAUCGCCUUAAGGACAUGGUCUACGACGACUUUGUCAUCCCGGUGAAAGACUACCUGCACGAGAACGGUUACUUUGGUCUCGUCACCAUCGAGGUGAUCUUCACAGAGGACGGUGGGCGUUACCUAUGCGAUCUCAACCCCAGGGUCGGCGGCGAUACCACCCAUCUUCUUCUCGCCCCUUACAUGGCUCAGUUUGGAUUCACAAAAUCUAGUCUGUCGCUCAUGAAGAAAUUCAACUGCUCCAGCGAAGAACUGAUUGCCAAAGCGAAUGAUAUAAAUAACACUGGGAGCAUAAACGGCAACACAGACUCCGGCCGGGUUAUUGUCCUCUCUGUGGCGGAUGUGGUGGAGGGAUGCCAAGCGGACGUGACCGUGUUCGCGAAAUCAAAAAGUGAAAUGCAAAUGCUGUUUGACGAAUUGAACUCUUUAAAAAAUAAGGCUGCACCGAAUAGCUAGCAUUACACCGCAGUAUUGUACUUUUCAUUCCGAAAGAAAAAGAGUAACAUGAACGACCCACAGACAGUUCUCCCUAUGAUACGCUGCUAUUAGGCAAUAUAGUGUAUAUUAUUAUAUGAUAUUUAUAUAAGUUCAAUAUUGUAUCAUUUGCACGUUUUGCGACGUGCUUAUUGCAAGCAUAUUUUUUCAAUAAAAACGUUGAACCGUAA